AUGGAGGAGAAUAAAGAAAAUUCUAGCCCUUCAGAAACUUCAGCAAACCUGGACUCCACAAAACCAUGCUGGUACUGGGAUAAAGAAGACUUGGUUCACACACCUUCACAGUUAGACAGCCUGGAUCCAGCUACUGAAUCCCAAUACCGGCUAGAGGGUGCCAAGUUCAUCUUUGAUAUAGGAACACGCUUGGGACUGCACUAUGAUACCCUGGCCACUGGAAUAACUUAUUUUCAUCGUUUCUAUAUGUUUCAUUCCUUUAAACAGUUCCCAAGAUAUGUGACAGGAGCAUGUAGUCUCUUUUUGGCAGGGAAAGUAGAAGAAACUCCUAAAAGAUGUAGAGAUAUUAUUCAAGUAGCUCGUAGCUUAUUAAGUGAUGUACAGUUUGGUCAGUUUGGAGAUGACCCAAAGGAAGAAAUUUUUGCUCUGGAGAGGAUCUUAUUACAGACCAUAAAGUUUGAUCUGCAAGUGGAACAUCCCUACCAGUUCCUCCUCAAAUAUGCCAAACAACUCAAAGGCAAUAAAAAGAAAAUUGAAAAAUUGGUUCAAAUGGCAUGGACAUUUGUAAAUGACAGCUUAUGUACUACAUUGUCACUUCAAUGGGAACCUGAGAUCAUAGCAGUCUCCGUCAUGUACUUGGCAGGCCGUUUAUGCAAAUUUGAAAUACAGGAAUGGACAUCAAAACCGAAGUACAGUAGAUGGUGGGAACAGUUUGUUGAAGAUGUUCCUGUUGAUGUACUAGAAGACAUUUGCCACCAGAUCCUUGAUAUCUAUUCCCAAGAAAACCAGCAGGUGCCUCAUCAAUUGCAGCAACCAGGGUCUCUUCAGUCAACACCUCCAGUGCCUUCAGUAAAACAGUCACAGCAUUUUCAAAGUUCUGAACAGUUAUGCCUACAACAGAAGGUGUCCCAGAGGACUACAGAGCAGCAGCAGCAGGAGGCAGAACCAUCUAAGAAACCACCUCCUCUACCUAGCCCUCCCAGGCAGGUUAAACAAUCAGUGGUGUUUUCUCCUAAGGAAAACAAGGCAGCAAAACCAUUGCCAUCCAAAAUUCCCCAAAUUGAGACCGAACACCCAUCAAGACUACCUGUCUGUCUACCUCCAGAACAGAAGCCAACCUUCACAGCUGCAAUUUCAAUGGGAGAGGGCAACGGGACCAGCACAACGGAGGCUAGAGUUCUACCCCAAGUCCAUAUUCCUCCUCAAUGUCAUCCUGCCCCUAUACAUCAGCCACCUCCUCUUCCUCACUACUCCCUUCCCCCGCCACCUUCCAACUACUUCAAUGGGAUGUCAAACACAAAUUCCUACAUGUCAGGAGAGGAUUAUCAAAGUUUUCAAUACAUGAACCCAGAAGGCCAAGUCUAUGGGGCUCUGCCUUCAGUAUAUGGCGCACCCACUCACUUGCCAAGCUACCCUUAUGCAUAUCCUCUCAACCCUCUGACACCUGUCCCAUAUCCUCCUCCGACAUCAUUUCCAUCACCCCCAGUUCCCCCAGAAACCUUGGGAUAUUUCCCCCAACCAACAUAUACAUUCAACUUUCAACCUCCAACUCAUGCUAUUCCUCCCUACCCUUCUCCAGGGCUUGGGAUGCCACCUGCCAGUUAUCCUCCUUCAGCCAUGCCCCAAGGUGGGCAAUAUCCAGUGCCACCUCCAUUCUUCCCACCUGGUACUCCUUCUGUAAGAAGAAUGGGACAUACAGAUUGGAUGAGAUAA